ACAGAAAGAUUUUGUUUUGCACUUUAGAGUGGAUCACACAGGAGAUAGGUCACCUUCUGCACAAAAAAAGAAAGUGUGCAAUUAGCUAGAGAUGGCACAUCAAAGCAAUGAACGCUCAGACUCUUUCUUCAAGAUACCAAAAAUUAAGUUUACAAAACUGUUCAUCAAUGGAGAAUUUGUUGAUUCUAUUUCAGGGAAAACAUUUGAGACGGUAGACCCAAGAAGUGGAGAGGUGAUAACAAGAGUUGCACAGGGAGAUAAAGGAGAUGUUGAUCUAGCAGUGAAAGCUGCACGCCAUGCAUUUGACAAUGGCCCCUGGCCUCGCAUGUCUGGUUUUGCAAGGGGAAGGAUUCUGAUGGAAUUUGCGGAUAUAAUUGAGGAGCAUAUAGAAGAAUUAGCCGCAAUAGACACCAUUGAUGCUGGAAAGUUAUUCACUAUGGGAAAAGCUGCUGACAUUCCGAUGGCAAUAAACCUUUUAAGAUACUAUGCAGGUGCAGCAGAUAAAAUACAUGGACAAGUACUGAAAAUGUCGCGUGAGCUUCAAGGGUAUACGCUGCACGAACCUGUAGGUGUCGUAGGACAUAUCAUCCCUUGGAACUUUCCUACUAACAUGUUCUUCAUGAAGGUUGCUCCAGCCCUAGCUGCUGGGUGCACUAUGGUUGUCAAGCCAGCUGAGCAAACUCCCCUUUCAGCCCUCUAUUAUGCUCAUCUAGCUAAGCAGGCUGGUAUUCCCGAUGGAGUGAUCAAUGUUAUAACUGGGUUCGGGCCAACUGCUGGUGCUGCUAUUGCUUCUCAUAUGGACAUUGAUAAGGUAAGCUUUACCGGGUCUACUGAAGUUGGAAGGAAAAUAAUGCAAGCUGCAGCAACAAGCAAUUUGAAACAGGUUUCACUUGAAUUAGGAGGCAAAUCACCUCUCCUAAUCUUUGAUGAUGCUGAUAUCGAUACAGCUGUUGAUCUUGCUCUCCUCGGCAUCCUGUAUAAUAAGGGAGAAGUUUGCGUAGCAAGUUCACGGGUUUAUGUGCAGGAAGGGAUUUAUGACGAACUUGUAAAGAAGUUGGAGAAGAAGGCAAAAGAUUGGGUUGUCGGCGAUCCUUUUGAUCCUAUUUCUCGCCUAGGUCCACAGGUCGAUAAGCAGCAAUUUGAUAAAAUUUUGUAUUACAUUGAACAUGGCAAGAAAGAAGGAGCCACCCUAUUAACAGGUGGUAAACCUUCAGGCAAUAAGGGAUACUAUCUCCAACCCACUAUUUUCACUGAUGUCAAGGAGGAUAUGAUGAUUGCUAAGGAUGAAAUUUUUGGACCUGUGAUGUCACUGAUGAAGUUCAAGACAAUUGAUGAGGCAAUAGAGAGAGCAAACAAUACUAAAUAUGGGCUGGCAGCUGGGAUAGUAACCAAGAAUCUGGAUGUGGCAAACACAGUAUCAAGAUCAAUACGUGCGGGUAUCAUAUGGAUAAACUGUUACUUUGGAUUCGAUAAUGACUGUCCUUUUGGAGGGUACAAGAUGAGUGGGUUUGGAAGAGAACUUGGACUGGAUGCCCUCCAUAAGUAUCUACAAGUAAAGUCUGUUGUCACUCCUAUUUACAAUUCUCCCUGGCUGUGAAUGAACACGUGCAAUAGUGUUCCUCUGUUCGUUAACAACAAUGGGGUUAUUUACAAAGCCUCUGUAUCGAAUAAUGAAUCCUUAAAGUUUGUUUAUUUGUACGCUCUCAUACUCUGAAUCAUAAACGGCAAGUUUUCCGAAA